AUGUUCAGCUUCUUGAAAAAGCUAGGGUUUUAUUCAACCUUCUCUCGAUUAUAUGAUCCAACAACCACCAACCGAGAAAUGUCCUCUCCCGAAAUUAGGGCACAAAAGAAGCAACCGCCGUCCCCAAUCACUUCCCUCCCCGAAGAAAUCUUCGUCGACAUCGUCGCGCGCGUCUCCCGAUCCUACUACCCGACUCUCUCCCAAGUCUCCAGACGCUUCCGAUCACUCGUCGCCUCCCCCGAGCUCUACGCGAGACGAUCCUUCUUGAAACGCACGGAGCAAUGCAUCUACGUGGCGAUCUCAAAAGAUCAGACCUCAGACAUCCACUGGUUCACUCUCUCCGAUGGUCACCGCUUGAUUCACAUCCCUUCCCUCCCUCCGAUGCCUCUCAACGGAAGCUACGUCGCCGUCGGGUCCAGCAUCUUCGUGAUCGGCGGGUUUCAAGAUUGGAGCAUCACUGCGAGCGUGUCCCUAAUCGAUUGCAGGUCUCACACGGCGAAGGCUCUCGGCGAGAUGCCUAAGGCGGUUGCUGGAUCGGUGACGCAGGUAAUCGACGGGAAGAUUUAUGUGAUUGGAGGAUCGGACGGUCAUUCGCCGAUGAAAUCUAGGUCAAGGAGUAUGAUGGUGUUUGAUUUGGAAACUGAGGUUUGGAAGUUAAAGCCGUGGCCGGAUUGGGAGCAAGGGAAAGUCUGGUUUAGUAGUGUGGAGAUUGGAGGGAAGAUUUACAUGAGGACUUGUUACAAUAGCUUCGUUUACGAUCCCCUCGCGGUUACGACGAAUAACUGCGUUGGAGAUGAGGUUUUGCAUUCCAAGGAGUGGCUUGGUGCGUGUGUGAUUGAGGAGGUUUUGUAUUACUAUGACGUUCGUGGGAAGUGUUUGAGAGGGUUUGAUCCUAAGGCGAGAGCUUGGGGAGUUGUGAAUGGUUUGGAAGGGUUGUUGCCUCGGGGUUGUUCGUGGUCGAAAGCUGCGAGUUACGGAGGUGGGAGGAUGGUUUUGUUUAUGCAGGCGGAUGAGAUUUGGUGUGCGGAGAUUAAGGUGGAGAGACGUGAAGGAGGGGAGAUUUGGGGGAGUGUUGAGUGGUGUGAUGUUGUGCUUGGUGGGAACUUUCGGAUUAUGGAUUGUGUUCCUGUACCUGUUCUGCUCUGA